AUUCUAGGAGAUCUAUCACUUGAAGUUUAUGUUUUUAUUAUUACUUUUUUGCCACCUGUGCCUGUACUGUGGGCAAAGAUCUAUUUUUAUAAACUACUUCUUUGUUGAUAAUCACGAACAACACUGUCUACACCACACACCCGGAUCUGAACGGGAAGAUCUAGAACUAGAUAAUCUAGAUAUAUAGAUCUAGAUUUACCGUCCAAAGAUUUGCCAAAGGUGUUCUUCAGUUUAGUCAGUUUAGAGUUUAGUGGUUUACUGGUUUAGUUUAGGAGUUCAGGCUCAUCAGGCCUCUCAUUCUCAUACUACUCAACACUGUUUCGAGUUUCACAGACAGAUUGAGGAAACUCAUGACGAGUUGAAAGUUGAAAAGCUGAGGCAGUUGAGAGGAUCCACCAAUCUGUCAUGUCCAUCUACACUCAGAGAAUAGAUCCGGUUAAUCCUCAUUAUGAUGAUGGGAACAAUUACGACUCGAUUCAACUUCAACAAGUUCCAAGACACACUCAGCCUAAUGGUCAACAUGUUGGCAAUGUGCGUUUGUCAACCCGUACGACUAUGGAUGGAAGCCAGCCUGCCAACCUAGAGGAACAAGAGCUGGACCGGGCAAUGGAGGAGCUCAUUGAUCAGUUACCUAGCAGACAACUAGCAGACAAUGGUGUGGAUUUUCCUUCAAGAACUUUGCGGGCAAGGAAAAGUUUUCGAGGUAGGAUGGGUCAGGAUGAUGAUUCCCUGGAUGAUGAUUUUGUGGAAAACUUUCAUCAGGAACUAGAGGAAGAAAAUGCUGACCUUGAUGACAUUGAUGCUGCCGUGCGUACCAUGCCGACCACACUAAGUAGGAAACGGAAGAUUAUGCACCGACUGUCGUCGAGACGCCAGAAGAAACUGUCACAGUGGAAGUUGCUCAAGUACUGGAUACAAAUGGCUUUUCAAAGACUGAAACAUCGAGUGCGCAAAGUGUCGCGUCUGUUUGACCUGUGGCGCUCCCACCUCAUGACCAUUGAGGGCUGCUUCGGCACCAGUGUGUUGUCCUACUUCAUCUUCCUCAAGUGGGUUCUGCUCAUUAACAUUCCACUCUUUCUGCUCACCUUCUGCUUCCUGGUCAUCCCACAAAUCCUCUAUCGCUACUACCAGAAGGUUCCACCAGGCUAUGAGGGUCACACGGAGGAAUUCACCGGAAUUGAGUUGCUGACAGGAGCGGGCUUUUUUGAGGACACAGAGAUGUACUACGGCUUUUACACCAACGAGACGGUGGGGGUGGUGGGCUCCUCCCAGUACCAGAUGAACUACGCAUACCUGUUCACCUGUGGAGGGUACUACCUCUUCUGUCUCAUCAUCCUGGGCUACAGUUACCUCCACUCUUACCGCAAGUAUUAUAUUGAAGCGAGCGGUACAGUGAGCCUGUACUACUUCAGCAUGGUCCUCUGUGGCUGGGACUAUGGCAUUGUCUCCCCAGAGGCCAGCCAGCUCAAGCAUAAAAGUAUCUUCAAUGAAUUCAAGGAGUACCUAGCUGGCCGUAAGUCUGCCACUGCACCUCCCACGCGGGACGACGUAGCCAGGAAGUGGGCUUUCCGCUGUUUUGCCUGGCUGGUGGUGCUGGCCCUGCUGGGUGCCUCAGGCUACGUGACCUACACUGUCUCUGUAGAGCUGUCCAUCAAACCCAAACUGGCCAACACGACGAGUAUCCCAGUGGUCAGCCCUCUGGCCAUGCCCGUGGUCAUCUCCACCAUCCAGUUAUUCGUUCCCAUGAUCUUCACACUCCUGGAGGGGCAGGAACAGUUCUCUAAGCCAAAAUACGAACUUUACGUCCACAUGUUCAGAGACAUGGCUCUCAAGGCCACUAUGCUUGCCGUGCUGGUCUACUUUUGGUUUGAUAUCGCAGCAACCGAACUGAAGUGCUGGGAGACAUUUGUGGGACAGGAGAUCUAUCGCUUGGUCAUGGUGGAUCUGCUCUUCACUCUUGGCUAUUCCUUUUUUAUUGAGUUUGUUCGCAAGUUGCUGUCCUUGAAGUGGGAGAUCAUUGAAAGAGCCGAAUUUGCUAUUGGACGACAUACUUUGGAGCUGGUCUAUUCGCAGAGUCUCUGCUGGUUGGGUGUUUUCUACUCUCCCCUCCUCCCUGUCGUAGUCAUUAUCAAGCUUAUCAUCAUAUUUUACGUCAAGAGGGUUAGCGUGGUGCAGAACUGCAAGCCAUCCCUGAAGCCCUGGCGAGCAUCGCGUACGCACACCAUCUUUGUGGGAUACCUUUUUGGCUUCUUCAUUCUCACCUCCGUGGCUGUGGGCUGUGGAAUUUUCCUUAUCAAGCCCAGCAUUGAGUGUGGCCCCUACAAGCAUCGAGAGACAUCUUACGAUGUGAUUAAGGAGAUGAUAGAUAAUUGGAAGGCUGACCAUGACGUAUGGAGGGAGGUCUUUGGCUUUAUCAACUCGCCAGGUUUCGUGGUUGGCUUGCUGGUCCUGCUUGGGAUGAUCUGGUACUACACAAGGACCAUUAUGCUAAGUCAUAAGGAGAUGGUGGCUCAGUUUAAAAAGCAGCUGCAGUCUGAAGGAAAGGAUAAAAAGUUCCUUAUGAACUUGCUGAACCAGGUGAAGGUUAGAGGUCGACGCGUCAGUCAUCACCGUGGGCCGACGCUACACAAGACGAUGGAGACCAUGUCAUCUUCGCCAAGUACCCGUGGAGGUAACAAAGUGUUUGUGAAGACAGUGGCGGAGAGUGUCGUGUCAGCCUCGCCAGGACAGUAGCUGACGUUGCAUUAUCUCCAGGCUGUUUGUUAACUUUGUGUUGAGGUCAUCGACAAGCAAAUGGGGGAUCUAGUUGGUUGGAUGGAUGUGAUUGCAUGGCAGAGAGAGAGAGAGAGAGAGACUGACAGAGAGGGAGUUAUGUGUAUGUGUACAUGUUUGUGCUUGUGUGAGCAUGUGUACUUGUAGGGGCAUGUGUGCUUGUGUAUGCAGGUAUAUGAAGGGAUAUAUAUAUGUUUUGUUCAAGCGUCUCAUAUGGUAAAUGUCUCAUUCCUCUGUAACAUUGUCUUUUAAUGGAAUUCCAAAUGUAUGAAGUGGGACCACUUCUUCAGCCCUAUGGCUGCUGAUUAAACAGCAUUUUUUUUUUUUUACGUUUUUACAUGUAAAACUGUAGCCACAAUAACUUCACUUUUUUUUUGCUAUUCAUGAUAUGUCGCUAAAAGUAUUUCCUUUACUGUUGCUUGUAGUGGGUUUUUGUCCUUCUAUAAAAUUCAGUGUAGUCGUGGGUUUUUGUCCUUCAGUCAAAUUCAGCAUGGUCAUGAGAACUGUUUGGAAGAUCUGAAUUUUUUAAUGAAUUGUUAUCUGAACUGAGAUCAAAAGG